UCUAUACAGUUGUUUUACAACACUCACCUCGUAAAGUACCAGCUGCACGUGUUGCGUACACAAUAUUACUAAAAUGAUUAAAAUUAAAAGAAAACAAUCUCAGGCAGUGGUCCAGGAUGAUUCUGACAGUGAUUCCAGUUUUGAAGAGAAUCAACAACAGGAUGCCGAAGAUGUGGAAAUACACAGCGAAGGACAAGUCACCGAUAGCAGCGACGAGGAAGAGUCGCCCAAGAAAAACGGAAAACUAAAACCAGCAGAAUCUGAAAAACUUGACACUGAUCAGGAAGGCUCCGAUGACGAGGACGACGACUAUGAAGAUGACGACGACGAUGAUAGGAAAACUCGUUUGCCGGUGCUGAAUCCCCUGAGUUUGAUGAAAAACAAAGAACAGCGCAUGGCGCUGUAUCGAAAAAUGAAAAAGGAGAAGCAUAAAAAGAAAAUGCAGGAGCGACGCGCCAGGCGCAAAGCUGGGAUUCCUGCUAAUCCUGGGCAUACUAUCGAGAGUCUACGUGAGAAAGAUCAAACCGAAGUUGGCGAUCUCAAUGAUUCGGACAAUGAGGAGCUACAAAAGGAAUUGCAGCUAGAUGAUUUCAGUUCGUAUUUCGAGCGCUCUUAUGAGCCCAAAGUCCUUAUCACAUUUGCCGAUAAUCCGGUUACAAAAACCAGAAAGUUUGGCUUGGAGCUAUCACGAAUUUUUCCCAAUGCUCUUGUUAAGAUCCGUAACAAAUCAUCUGUAAAAAAAAUAUGCAAGAGUGCCGAGCGAGAAGAGUUCACCGAUGUUGUUAUAGUGAAUGAGGAUAGAAGAAAACCCAAUGGAUUAUUGAUGAUACAUCUGCCUAAUGGUCCAACAGCUCAUUUUAAAUUAUCAAAUGUAAAGCUUACAUCGGAUAUAAAACGUGAUCACAAAGAAAUUACCAAACAUAGACCGGAAGUCAUUCUUACAAAUUUUACUACACGUCUAGGUCUGACUGUUGGACGCAUGCUAGGAGCAUUGUUUCAUCACGAUCCAGAGUUUAGGGGUCGCCGAGCUGUGACGUUCCACAAUCAGAGGGACUAUAUAUUCUUUCGUCAUCAUCGCUAUGAGUUUAAUAAGGAGGGAAAAAGAGUUAAACUAAGAGAACUUGGACCCAGAUUCACUUUAAAAUUGAGAUCUCUCCAAGAGGGAACAUUUGACAGCAAAACUGGGGACUAUGCUUGGAUUAUAAGCAACAAACGACAUGCCAUGGAAUCGAGGCGUAGAUUCUUUCUUUAGAUUAGCUUUUUCUUUUUUUCAAAUAAAACAAUGGAUAAACUCUAA